CUCAAAACGCAACCAAUGAAUAUUAGUUUUUGGUUAGUAUGCCACGUGGACCUUGGACUACAACACCCGUGUUGGGCCCUUUUGUGGACUGUGUCACACUCCGCCUCUUUGUUUAUUUUGGGGGAAGAGCCACGCACCCCAAAGGCUUUUAAAAGAGCCCAGAUCUGCGCGUCCGUCUGGGUCAAAGGACAGCACGGGAACGACGGAGGGAGGACAAUGUUCUCCCACUUGCUUUGGGCCGCCCUGCCAGGUCUACUGUGGGCCUCCCAUUCCAGUCUACCGGUGGAGGGGGAGAACGCAGGCUCCAGGAUCUGCAAGCCCGCCCCGCACUGGAACAUUAGCGGCGAGGCGCCCAUGCGGGGGCUGCUGGGACGGGUGGUGGUGGUGGCUCUGCUGAAGGCCAGCUGACAGUUCUGUCUCACUCAGGCGUCCAAAGUGGGAGACCUGCGUGAGAAGCUGCAGCGCAGCAACCUGACGGAGGUGUCCUUCAUGAUAGUCAAUGAGCGGGAGCCUCUGUCCAGAGCCAUGUACUGGGAGCUGAAGAGAAGAGCGCCCCCUGGUGUUCCAGUCUACCAGCAGACUCCCUUUCAGAGCGACGUGUGGGAGGCCUUAGACGGGGACAAAGAUGACUUCCUCGUCUACGACCGGUGUGGCCUGCUCACCUUCCACAUCGUGCUGCCCUACAGCUUCCUGCACUACCCCUACGUGGAAGCGGCCAUCAGGGCCACCUACUAUAAAGAUAUAUGCCACUGCUCUGCUAAUGUGACCACGGCCAGCGGCGGCGUCAUGAAGAACGCCACGCAGCAACACCACACCAACUACACCACUGCAUUGCCCCUAAUUCCAGUCUAACAGCACCAUCACCCUCAGUCUGGUCAGUCACCAUCACUCUUCAUAAUCAUCACCCUGCAUGAUAUCUCUUGAUAAUCCUCACCCUGCAUGACAUCAUGUAGUCCCUGCCAGAGUGGGUGUGUGUGUGGGACUCAGUUCCAAGCUGGGUGUUCCUGGUAAUGAAGUCUGCAGUUUCAAACCUGCAUGCAGGGGCCUGCAGACGGAUGGGAGAGGACUACAGUAGGCACUGACUUCCACACACCAUCACACGUUUGUCCCUUCUUCCACUAGCUAGGAUGCUUGGUUUCACUUUCACUCUCGUGUUGAUUGUCCUGUUUGAAUCAUUGAAUCACUCAGAUUGAAUCAUGGUAAAUGUUUGAAUCAUUGAAUCAUGGUAAAUGUUUGAAUCAUUGAAUCAUGGUAAAUGUUUUCAAGGCACAAGUUCAGAAUUAUUGCAUUGAAAAAUGAUCCCUCUCGGACUCAGACUUGCAAAAAAUGUUUGAAUAAAUGACGUUGCACAAGUUAAAAGUGCCAUUAAACACAUUUUGUUGAUUUAUAAA